UGUUUUCAGCAAUUCUAUUACGAAAUGCGUGCAUCGGAAGCUGGUCAGCGAACUUUGGAGGUAACCGUGUGGGACUUCGAUCGCGGACCAAGCAAUGAUUUCAUCGGUGGUUUGACUCUGGGCGCAGACGCCAAAGCAGAGCGACGUGAACUUUGGCUGGCGGUGUUUCGACCGCCAUUUCGACGUAUUGAGGCUUGGUUUCAGCUUUCCAGUCGCAACGAAGAUGCUGUGUCGAGCACACCAGGAGUAUGUGAUUGAGACCAUACACAAGUGUUGCAUCCUCAGAUGCUUUUUCAACCUUUCUUCAGCUAUGUUGUCCAUUCUGAGCCGUUCCGUUCCGAGAUGUACCUCGUGUUAUUUUGUUUACCGUCUGCAGAAAUAUCACGUCAAUAAGUGGAAAAAGUGGUAACAGCAGGGCGCUUUUCAAGCACAGAGGUAUAACUGCACCUGCAUCUUCGUAUUAUUUUUGUUAACAAACUUCCUUG